CAUGUGAUCGGUGUGGUUUUGUACAUGCUUCGCCGUCGGAGGAGGAGGAGCAAGCCGUUUAAUAACGGGUUUUGGGGAAAAUUUGUCGAGUCCUUUCGUCAGUUGAAAAACGACGAUCUUAAGACACUGCCAUCGUCAAAUAUUACGGUAAUGCUACCAUCGUCUUCUCCAGCGGCCAUGGAAGAGGUUGCGGCGAGUAGUGACGAUCAGAUAUCGGAGAUGAUCGAGGUUUUCACGGCGACGUCUAGUUCUUGCUCUUCGGGAAUCGCGGGAUAUGGAUCAGCAAAGUCGUUGCGCGAUAUGGAUUGUCUCGAUGAAGAUGAUGAUGAUGAUGAUGAUGAAUAUUAUGGUAAUGAUGAUGGAGGUGAUGAGAUGAUUGAUGCGAAAGCUGAGGAGUUCAUUGUGAGAUUUUAUGAACAAAUGAGGGUGCAAAACCAGGCUUAUACAGAACGUUACAAAGCUAAAUCAGAGAUGAUGAUGGUCUAAAACGCAUAUUGUAAUUCUAUUCAUGUAAGCAGAUUUUAUAUAUUACACGAAUAUACGUACAUUACAUGUAUGCCUGGAGAUGUGCCUAUAUAUUA